AUGCUUUUCUUCAUAUCAUUCUAUCCAUUUUUCAACCGUCACUUCGUUUCAGUGAUUCUCAAAACGAUAGUUCAAUUGAUCCUCCAGUCUCAGCAGAACUCUGAGCUUCUUUUGGUCCGACAGACGUUUCUCCGACAUCUCACGGCUCUGUGCACGCGAAGCCCCGACAACAGAAGAAUCAUCCUUCAGAUGUCCGUCUGGCAGGACUGGCUGCUUGGCCUGGCUCCGGUCUAUCCGCAGCACGGCUCCGAUGCCGCCUGCCUGGCCGACGUGGUUCGUCUGCUCUGCUGCCUUCUGCAACACGCUCUGCGGCGCGAAUACGGCGGCUGGCGGGUCUGGAUCGACACUCUGGCCAUUCUACAUGCUCGGGCGUCCCGCGAGUUGGCCGGCCGGCGCUUGUCCGCCGCGGCUGCCAUGGCCACGAUGACGUCGGACGCCGGACUUGUCGCGAGUAGACCCGCCUGCCAGGCUCUAGCCAACGGGGGCCGACGAGGGACGGUGGGUUUUUGUCACUUUGAGGCACUUUUCACUCCAUCUCGACACAGAAUCACCCAGACUGGUUGA